GUUGAUGAGAGAUUUGUAUAUUUACCGCACUGUACAUUCAAAUUUGCUGCGAAAGAAAAACACUGUUUGUACAUUUAAAAAUAUGUUUGGUGUCGCGGUGAUCAUUUUAACUCUGUACUCAGCGCUGAUUAGUGGCACUGAACUGACUUUUGAACUACCUGACAACGAAAAACAAUGUUUUUACGAGGAAAUAGAAGAAGGAGUCACGUUUCAUGUCGACUAUCAAGUUAUUGCCGGAGGCAACUAUGAUGUCGACUGUUUUGUUACAGAUCCACUGAAUAAUGCCUUGUACGAUGAGCGCAAGAAGCAAUAUGACAGCUUCACACAUACUACUGCUAUGAAGGGUGUUUAUAAGGUCUGCUUCAGCAACGAAUUCUCAACCUUCUCUCAUAAAACCGUGUAUUUAGAUUUCAGAGCAGGUGAGCAGGAACGACUGCUGCCUGGUAUGAGCAGUCCAACAGCGCUUACACAGAUUGAGUCAACCUGCUUAUCCAUCCAUGAGAUUCUGAAAGUGGUGGCAGACACUCAGACGAAGUACCGUCUUCGAGAAGCUCAGGACCGCCUUAGAGCAGAAGACCUAAAUCUGCGCGUUUCUUACUGGUCCAUCGGAGAGGCUGUCAUUAUAUGUAUGGUCAGCAUCGGACAAGUUCUUAUGCUUAAGAGCUUUUUUAAGGAGAAAAAAAGUAACAGCAUAUAGUCUUGUUAUGAAAACUUUCCAACAAUCCAGGCACAUUACCAAUUAUUGUAACGACCUACUAUAGAGUUAGAAAUUAGAAUACUAGCAAUGACACUAACAAGGACAUGCUAUGUUUCCUAAGUAAUAUAAAUGGAAAAAAUGGGUACUGUUAUCAUAUUUUCAUUUUUGAAAAAAGAAAUGUCAAGUCAGUAAAAGAUUUCUUGGGUGCAGAAAUUAAUUUUAAAGAAUUGUGGAUUUUUUAAACCAAACUUUUUUUCUUUCUUUUUAAAUACAGCAAUAUUGUGAAAAUUUUAUAAGAAUGGUUAAUGGUUUUGCACCUUUAUUGUAAUGUACACAAGGUCAACUUGCACUGCAAAAAAUGAUAUCUUAGCAAGUGAAUAUAUGUUUAAUGUAGUCAAAUUUAGCGCAUAUUUCCUAUGAUAAGAUAAAUCAGUAGACAAUACAUAAGAUAUUUAACCCCAUUUUUAAAUUGAUGGUUUAUGUAUUUAUUUCUAGAAAGAAUAUAAAGCUUGAAUGCAGAAUUUAUAUGGAAAUAUCUACAAACAGGUUCACCAAUCAUGUAUGUGGUGUACUGUAGCCCUAUAAUAGGUAAAACUAGAUCAAUUUCACUAUAUUAUUACUUGCUAAAAUGACUUUUUUGUUGUGUGGGAUUUACAAGGUACUGGCAGUAUUUGUGUCUUUCUCAGAUUUUUUUUCCCCUACAAUUUUCUUGGUAUAAUUAGUGCAAAGUUGUUUAAUAUUACUAUCAUUCCUUUAACAGCUGUUUACCAAAUGAUUGACUGGAAACCAAAGAAUGUAUUUUUAGAAUUUACAAAUAUUUUACAUUUUAUAUGUUUGCUUAAUCACUUUUGAGGCCAGAUAUACCCUUAGACAAGUGCAAUUAAGUUCCAGCUCCCAGGAUGUGUCUUGAAUCUGUUUACAUAAAAUACCUAUUACAUACAGCAGUUUCUGAUUUAAAAAAAAAUGUUUCUUAAUUUUGGCACACAUACUGUGCAGUUUACACAGAAUUGGAAAAUGCAGUUCUAAUGUAAUAAUUGCAGAUGGCUAUACUAUUACAGUAGGAUUGAAAUAGCACGACUUACGUAAACAUAACACAAGGUUGAAAAGAAAAUAAUACAUGUCGGUGUUAUCUAUUACCAUUAUACCCCAAAUCUUGAAGUGCUAUUUUUUUUGCCAAAUGCCUAAAUGUUAUCCAAACGGUUUGUAAUAUGUGUGUAAUUUAUGUGUAAUAACACAAGAAUUUGAAAUAUAAAGUGGGAAUUAAAUAUAUAUAUAUCAUUGUUGA